AUGAGCAAUUUGCCAUUCCCGUCGUGGGCAGAGCAGUCAACAUUGUUCAAGUUGCCUUAUACUGAUACGGAGACCCCGCGUGUGGGAACGAUACAGACCGUCUGGGUACUGGAAAGAUGGCCAUACCAAGACUGGCAGAAGGUGCAGAGUCUGCUUUCACCUCGCCAGGCAGGUUCCAUCGCCGCCAUGUCCGUCGAGCAUGGUAAACGGGAGAAAUCCAAGAGGCAACUAGCCAGUCUGUCGGCCAAAGUACAGGCCUAUGAGGACGUGAUUCGAAAACUGAGUAGCCGAUUUGGCGUCUCGGAUGAGCAAUUGAUGAGCAUCGCUUUGAACGUGGUAUGCAUAAGCCCUUCUCAUACACUCGAGUAUGCCUUUCCUAAGCGGACACAGGAAGCAUCCUCCGAUAUGAACAUGCAGUCUGAUGACGCUGCGUCCGGAGAUCUGAAGCUACUUCCAUGGAGUUCUGGCUCUGAAUCGCCGUCGCGGUCCUCAUCUGUUGGGCCUUUUGAAGUAGUCGCUCAUACAGAGGAAGACUUCAAUAGAGAUGAGACCGCGCGUGCCACUGGAUUCAUUGGCAAGAGCUCCGAGAUAAACUGGCUGCAGAAACUCAGUGGAGAAAUUAGCCAAGAAUGCGAUGCAUAUAAUCCUGAUAUGGCUGAUAGCACGGGAUUGCCUUCCCCUACCUUGACGCCAAAAGCAGAGGGAAAGAAUGACCAAUGGGUAGCUUCAUCCAAUUACUACAUUGACGACCUUGACAUACCAGCAACUGAGCAAGUUGAUAUGUACGAGGUUCCGUCGCGAGACAUUGCAACCAAGCUCUUCAAUGUCUACUUGACCUCUGUGCACCCUUCUUUCCCCAUAAUUGGCAUCUCAACAUUUGCCUCGCAGUUUCAGGUGUUCUUCAAUCGACCAUCUUUGAAGCCAGGCAAUAAAUGGCUUUCAAUACUGAACCUCAUUUUUGCAGUCGCUGCUAAAUAUGCCCACCUUACUGAUGCAAGUUGGAAAGGAAAUGAAGAUGAUCACCAUAUCUAUUUCUGCAGGGCAAGAGCUCUGAGCAUUGAGGGCCAAUUGUUCCAGCAUCCAGAUCUGCAGCAGUUACAGGUCGAAGGACUUGCCGCUUUCUAUUUAUUGGCUUCCGGUCAUGUCAAUCGAUCUUGGAAGUUGACUGGAAGUGCUAUCCAAGGCGCUUUUGCUCUUGGAUUACACCUCCGGAACGUAGGUGAUUGCACUUCGGAUACUUCUAAAGAAAUUAGAUACCGCGUGUGGUGGUCCUUGUACACCGUUGAGCACCUUCUCAGUGUCCUGACCGGACGGCCUUCGUGCAUCGUCGAGAGCAGUUGCACGACGCCUCUGCCCGUUCCUUUCGAUGAAACCGACUUCCAGAAAGAAGAGGUUUCUCGCCUGAUUAGUAGUCCUAACAGAGGAGGGCCCAGCCAGCUGGCCUGCAUUGCUGUUAAUUCCAGCACGUCUAGCUUGAAGGCCUCUCUUGACUGUGAUACCAACGAUCCAACGCCCACGGCUAAUUCCAAGGAUUUGGACAACAGCGGAAAUGAGUAUAUAAAGAACCUCCCGCCUUGCAUGUCGCUGUACUUCUUGCAGUUGACGACAUUGACGUCCAUUGCUAAGCGGAUGACGAACAAGCUCUAUAGCCCUGAAGCAGUGCGUGCACCCUGGGCCAGCACUGAAUUUGCCAUCCAAAGCCUGAUGCUGGAGAUUGACUCGUGGUUCAUGAACCUGCCUGGUCCGUACGAUUUUACAUCUACGCAAACCUCGCAGUGUCCUACAAGCCAGAAAAUGAGCCUCGCCUUUCUCUUCUACAGCACUAAAAUCGGAAUCACAAGGCCGUGCCUCUGCCGUCUAGACUUAAUCCGCCCACAAGGGGACAAAGCAUACGAGUUCUGCAGCAAGACCGCAGCCGAAUGCGUCGAAUCAGCCUGCCACAUGCUGACCCUCUUCCCCGAAACCUCCGACACAUCUCUACUCUACAAAAUGUGUCCAUGGUGGUGCAUCCUCCAUUUCUUAAUGCAAGCGACAACAGUCCUCCUCCUUGAACUCUCCUUCCACUCCCAGCACGUCCCCGAAAAAUCCUCCACCGUCUCCAAAGCAGCCAGAAAAGCAGUCGAAUGGCUCUCCCUCAUGUCGAAAACCAGCCUCGCCGCCGAACGGGCCUGGAAACUCUGCGACGGCUUCCUCCGCCGCCUCGCACCACACAUCGGCGUCGACAUGAGCGACCUCCCCUGCUCCGGUGACUCAACCGCAGAAGCGUCGCCAGAGGCUAGCUUCGACGCGACCACUUCUGCGGCGAGUGCGGCGGCUGCUGAGAAUCUUGCUGCGGAGCUUGAUUCUAUCACUUGCUCGCCGAUGGAUCAGGAUCAGUCUGGUAGUAGUCCGCUUGAGACGCUGGUGUCGUAUGGGCUGGAGCCGCCGGAGUUGCUGGGAUUUAUGAAGCCAGAGAAGGGGACUGUGGCUGGUCGGAAUGGGUAUGAGGAUUAUUUCCCGUAUGAUUCGGCUACAGGGCAGAUGACGGGGUCGUUCUUUCCUAAUGGGACGAAUAUCGAUCUUGACUUGGGGUAUUUCUGGGGUGAUCCGAUUUGCUAA